AUGUCCAUGGAGGUCAGCGUUCUCCGACCUCUCCCCGGCCGGAGUUUCGUUAUCGCCGGAAAAACUACUCUUUCGCUUCUUCGUCCGACGAAUCUCCCUCUCCUUCGUCUCUCACUUCCCAAGUUCUCUUCUCCGACUUCUCGUCUCCGUUCGCCCAUAGUAUUUGCUGCACUGGAGGGUGUGUCGAAUGAAAGUGAUACGACUGAGUGGCAUCAGCUCGUGUUGAAGAGAUUAGAGCUUCUGCUGGAUUGCAACAACUCUUUUUGGGACGAUCGUGCUAAAGCUCAAGAAACGCUUUCCGCCUUGAAUGAUCUCAAAGAUCGGUUGCGGUUGCUUUCUGAGUUUAAAUCCAUGAUCAUGUGUUACUUAUCAAGGAAAUUAGAGGAGAUUGCCGAGGCGAAACUGUUGGUGAUUGCGGAGGAGCAACGUGCGACUGAGAUCAAGGAAAUUAGAGNANAUGUAGUGAAAGCNNAAUGGGGACAGCAGAUCAGGAACUACGUGUUUCAUCCGUACAAACUGGUUAAGGAUGUCCGAACAAGCCAUGAAACUUCUGAUAUCACAUCUGUAAUGGAUGGUGACUUGGACCCUUUCGUCAAAGCUUACCUCAAGCAUAAGUACACUUUAGCCAUGGCUUCUGCUGUAGCCAAUUAG